AUGAGCAGCUCACUCAUCACCAAGUCGGCCCUCACGGCAGCCACCCGCGCUGCUCCCCGUACUGCGGCCGCCGCUCUCGCCAUCCCUCUUCUCCGUCGCGGCUUCGCCUCCGCCUCUGCUGUCCCCGUCACCGGCACCUCCCGCUCGCACCGCAUCGUGGUAGUAGGCGGCGGCGCAGCCGGCCUCUCCAUCUCCCACCAGCUCCUUCGCACCGGCAAGUUCUCUCCCGAAGAAAUCGCCGUCAUCGACCCUGCUCAGUACCACCACUACCAGCCCGGCUGGACGCUCGUCGGCGGCGGUCUCAAAGACCCUUUAUCUUUGCGCCGCGACGAGGCUUCCCUUAUCAACCCCAAGCUCAAGUUCUACAACCAGGCUGUUUCCCAGCUUUCCCCCGAGACCGACUCCGUUACUCUUGCCAAUGGUGACAAGAUCGGCUACGAGCACCUGAUCGUCGUUCCAGGAAUCGAAAUUACUUACGACAAAAUCAAGGGAUUGCCCGAAGCGCUCGCUGACCCUUCCGCUCCUGUCUCAACUAUCUACGGCGCGCACACUGCCAGCAAGGUCUUUCCCACUAUCGAGAAGCUCAAGCGCGGCCAGGCAAUCUUCACCCAGCCCGCUGGCGUAGUCAAGUGCGCCGGUGCGCCCCAAAAAGUGAUGUGGAUGGCACUGGACCACUGGAAGAAAGCCGGUCUUUACAACCCCUCCAACCCUUCCUCCGGCGCGAUCCAAAUUGCUUUCGCGACUGCCUUGCCGGUCAUGUUCGGCGUGCCCAAGUACGCUGCGCGCCUAGAGGAGUUGCGCAAGCAGCGCGGCGUGGAGGGACUGUUCGGGCACGACCUGGUGGAAGUAAACGGUACCAAGGCAAUCUUUGCGAAGGGUGACGAGAAGGUCACGCGCGACUUCGACCUCUUGCACGUGGUCCCCAAGAUGGGCCCCUACGGCUUCGUCAAGAACAGCGCCGUCGCUGACUCUGCGGGCUUCGUGGACGUAAACCAGGCUACCACCCAAUCGAACAAGUUCAAGAACGUCUGGUCGGCCGGCGACGCCUCAAGCUUGCCUACCUCCAAGACCGCAGCGGCUGUUACUGCGCAAGCGCCCGUUCUUGUGGAGAAUUUGUUGAGGAGUCUGGAGGGCAAGAAGCCUGAUGCGGAAUAUGAUGGGUAUACCUCGUGUCCGCUGGUGACGGAGUAUGGCAAGGUCAUGUUGGCCGAGUUCAAGUAUGCGGGCGUGCCCAAGGAGACGUUUGGUGGACUUCCCGUCGUUGGGGGUGUGUUGGAUCAGGGAACGCCUAGGAGGAUGUUUUAUUAUUUGAAGAAGGACUUCUUCCCGUGGGUUUAUUAUAAUGCUAUGGUUAAGGGCACUUGGGCGGGGCCCAAGGGGUGGAAGUUUUAG